AUGGAAUAUUCUCACAUUGAAAUUUGUUUAAAAUUUGAAAAUCCAGGCAAUUAUUUUAUUAUCGUUUUCAAUCAUUUUGAUGUUGGAUGGUUUCAAUUCUACGUUAAAAUUAAAAAAGCAAACGAGGAAAAAUGUGUGUUCAAAAUGUUCAAGAAAACGAAUGAUUUGGAUAAAAAUAUAUUGAAAGAUUUGAGACAUAGAAUAGGAAUCCAUACAACCCAAACAGAGAUGGAUGAUAUUGAAAAUGGCCUAAUGAAUGUAUAUAGCGGAAAUUUGUUCGACAAACAUCCCGAAACAGAAUUUGUUGCCUCAAUAUCUCCUUUGCUUAUUGAUGGAAGUUAUGAAUUUUACUUGGAUGAUGAUGGAAUUACUAAAGAAAGAAUGAAGAUUGUUGAGCCGAAUUUUAAAAAUUAA